UUUAGUGAAGUUUGUGUUUUCCAAAUGUCACCGAAACAUUAUUUUUCUCCUUUCGUCUCUUCCUUGCCUUCAUCAUUGCCAUCAUCUUACCUCUCCCUCUCCCUCUCCCUCUCCCUCUCUCCAUUUUUCCUCCUCCAUGCCAUGGCUUCCUCCUCCUUAAAACACCAUAAAAGCCACUCCCUCAACGGCUUCACCACCCCCGCCAAGAGAACAAAACUUUCUUUCAUUUCUGACCCUGAAAUCCAAUCAGAAUUCUCCCACCAUGACCAAACCAUCGCUCGGAUCAACAACGGCAGCUUUGGGAGCUGCCCUCAAUCUGUCAUCUCAGCCCAACAAAACCUCCAGCUCCAGUUCCUCCGCCAGCCAGAUAACUUCUACUUCAACACCCUCAAACCUUCUAUACUUCAUUCACGCUCCUUAAUCAAAUCUUUGGUAAACGCUCAUUCUGUUGAUGAAAUCUCCCUUGUAGACAACGCCACCACCGCUGCUGCUAUUGUGUUACAAAACUGUGCAUGGGGUUUCAACGAAGGAAGGUUUAGCAAGGGAGAUGUUGCUGUCAUGUUGCAUUAUGCUUAUGGUGCUGUCAAGAAGUCUGUUCAGGCUUAUGUCACGCGUGCUGGAGGGGAAGUUAUUGAGGUACACUUGCCCUUCCCUGUUGCAUCAAAGGAGGAGAUUGUGAGUGAAUUUAGAAAGGCCUUAGCGAGAGGGAAAGAAAAUGGGAAGAAGAAAGUCAGGUUGGCUGUGAUUGAUCAUGUUACUUCGAUGCCUAGUGUUGUUACUCCUGUUAAGGAAUUAGUUAAAAUUUGUAGAGAGGAAGGUGUUGACCAGGUUUUUGUUGAUGCUGCUCAUGGAAUUGGGUGUGUUGAUGUUGAUGUGAGAGAUAUUGGGGCUGAUUUUUAUACUAGUAAUUUGCAUAAGUGGUUUUUUUGCCCUCCUUCUGUUGCCUUUUUGUAUUGCAGGAAGAGAGGAGAGGAUGGUAAAGGGGGUGAUCUGCAUCACCCUGUUGUGUCUCAUGAGUAUGGUAAUGGAUUGGCUGUAGAGAGUGCUUGGAUUGGGACUAGGGAUUAUAGUGCUCAAUUGGUGGUUCCGGCGGUUUUGGAGUUUAUUAAUAGGUUUGAAGGUGGGAUUGAGGGAAUUAAGAAGAGGAAUCAUGAGAAAGUUGUGGAGAUGGGGGAGAUGCUGGUGAAAGCUUGGGGGACUAAUCUUGGGUCUCCACCGGAGAUGUGUGGGAGUAUGAUUAUGGUUGGAUUGCCUGCUUGUUUGGGGAUUUCGAAUGAUCCGGAUACUUUGAAGUUAAGGUCACACUUGAGAGAGCAUUUCCAGGUUGAAGUUCCUAUUUAUUUUAGGGCUCCAGUUGAUGGAGAAGUUGAUUCAAUUACUGGCUAUGCUCGCAUUUCUCAUCAAAUUUACAACAAGGUUGAGGAUUAUUACAGGUUUAGGGAUGCAGUUAACCAAUUGGUCAGUGAUGGCUUCACUUGUGCAUCUCUCUCUAAUUGAAGAGUUUGCAGUUCAAUCUUCAAUGAGGCACAGUAGAAACGUUUCCAAUGACCAUCAGCCAGUGAUCAUGGUUUCGGCACCACACUCAAAAGUUGACAAACAAACUUGAGAUUGAUGAUGAGUAUCAGAGUUCCAAGUUUGUUUCUUUACCCCUUUUUUUUUUCCCCCUAAUCAUUUGAAGUUGUAGAGGAGAUGAACUUGUCUGUUGUUCUCCCAGGAUAUUCUUGUAAAUAUUAUCCAAAUAAUUAAUAUAAACUAUUUUCAGCAUGCUUUUAACCCAA